CCCAAAAGCUUCAACCUUCUCGAAAAGCGGUAUUUACGAGUCUCUAUCAUUUCUCCUUCUACCAUCAAAGCUUCGACGCUGCUAACACUUACCCACAGACCCACCUACCUACCUAGGGCACUCACUAUCUUGGCACGUGGUUGCACCCGAACUUCCCUCACAGAAUCAGCUUGAGCAGGGAGCAGCUUUCUCUCUCCGGGUGUAUAUGCCCUUUCAUCACCUUGCAAAGAUGGCGGUAACUGAAUCCUCCGACAUCCCAAUCCUUUCACUCCUGUACAAGCUCAGCAAGCUUGCUCCACCCUCACUCGCCACCAAGUUACCCAAGACUCUCAAUGGGCCAUCAACUCCCCCCACUCCUUCCAGGGUGCUCAACGACCGCAUUGGUUUGAUCCGAGGCGAUAUCACCACUCUCGCUGUGGACGCAAUAGUGAACGCUGCCAACCGCUCGCUUCUGGGUGGCGGGGGCGUCGAUGGGGCCAUCCAUCGAGCCGCCGGCCACGGCCUACUUGAGGAAUGCUACACCUUGAAUGGUUGCCAUACGGGGUCCGCCAAGAUUACCAGAGGAUACAAACUGCCAUGCAAGAAGGUCGUGCAUGCCGUCGGGCCCGUCUAUGACGUCCUGGAACCUGAGAAGAGCGAGAGACUGCUCGCUGGAUGUUACACCAAGAGCCUGGAGCUGGCCGUGGCGAACAACUGCCAGACCAUUGCCUUCAGUUCGAUCAGCACCGGCGUGUAUGGGUAUCCAAGCCGUGAAGCUGCCCCUAUCGCCAUCAGCACCGUACGCAAGUUCCUGGAGCAGGACAGUGGAAGGAGGAUCCAGAAGGUGGUAUUUGUUACCUUUGAGGCCAAAGAUGUCGAUGCCUACAACGAAUUUUUGCCCCAAUACUUCCCCCCUGUGUCUGAGGAUGGUGGUCCUUCUGAAGAUGCUGCAAUUCCCAAGAAAUCCAUGUUCGACGAAUUUGAGAAGGGUAAGGGGACCGAGACGAAGGCCGAGGCAGAGCCAAAGGCAGCCACUAUCGAGUUGCCCAGUGCCCCCACAGCCAAUCCAUCUAGCACUCAACAUGCCGAUAAGAAGCAGAAACAUGGCAAUGCCUGACCGUUCGUUGGAUGGAGCUGCCGAAUUAACCUGCAGUCCAGUUGCCGCUGUAAACUUAUCUCACAGAUCAACAGAUUAAUGAUAAAA